AUGAAGCUUAGCGUUUUCCAGCUGAUUUCUCUGUUAGUUGUUUUCCUGAUCCUUUCAGGUCAGAUUAACGGGGAUGAUCAAGGAGUAGGAGGACAGAAGACGAAUUCGGCGCCACCGACGGCGGCUACUCCAGGUUCCGGCUCAGUGGAGAGAACUCCGUCUGGGGAAACCGGUUCAGCUCAUGGUCCGAAUUGGGACUCUCACUGGGGAUGGGGUUCCACUCCUGAAGGUGGAUGGGGUUACGGCUCUGGCUCCGGCCACUCACCGGAUCGCCGAAGUGGGGGCUUUGGAUUCGGUUGGGGCAGCGGUUCGGGUGGUUCGGGCUCCGGCGGCGGCGGUGCUGGUGGUGGUGGUGGGUAUGGAUUUGGCGGGGGAAACGAUCCAAAUGAUCGUGACGGCGCGACAAAUUGGGCCAGUUUUGCUAAUGGUUUUGGCGGAGGCAGCGAUGUUGACGGAACUGAUAACGGGUCUAAUCCAACCGCUGAUCCGAAUGAAGGUUAA